AUGGGACUAGGAUCAGUCGAGGAUGGCUCUCGGCACUCUCGGUUUUCUUCGGCUAGUUCUCAGCUCUCGGAGACGGCUCGACUUGUUAUUGCUCUCAGCCCUGUCCGUCGGAAGCCCGAUGGCCCUCGGUUGCUUAUCCGUUCGUUGACCACACCCACCGACCUACCCCCGGAAACAGCCCGGCUGCUCGCUGAGGCAUUUCGUCGAACACCUUCACGGGCUGAACAGACCACGCACGGUGCACGACAUCGAAAGAACUCGUCCGAACAUGCCGCGUCAAACAUAGGGUACAGUUCAGCCGUGAGGGAGCUCGUCUCAACGUCGCAGGUCGAGGACGUGGCUGGAAGUCGGAGGUCACGGUCGUUGACGAAGGACGGGGUGGACUCGGUCGCCGAGAGGUCGAAAUCACCCGACGACGGGGCUGACGUCAGCGGCUGCUCACGGCGACGGGUUACUCGCUGCUGCUCGCGACGAGGUUGA